UGCGUCCCCUUUGUGUGGGCGCCAGUGGCCGGCCGCGCUCGGGAGCAGCGGCUGCCGCCAUUUUGUGCGCGCCUGUGUUCUCCCCACCCCCGACUGCGGGCGCAGCGGCGGCCGGGACGGCCCCGUCUCCUCUGCGGGCCAGGUGAGACGGAGCGAGGCUUGGGGCCAGGGCCAGGGCGCUGUCGCCGGCGGCUGCCGCAGCCGUGAGGUCGCGCUGUUGGCACCGAGUGAGGGAGAAGAAGCGGCGAGACGGAGAAGGGGGGGGGAGAAGCCUUCGGAACUGCCCCCCAGCAGUAGGAGGAGUCUCGGCGCCAGGCCCAGGCGCAGCCCCGGCACCGGCGGCAGCAUGGAGAACUCGCAGCUGUGCAAGCUGUUCAUCGGCGGCCUGAACGUGCAGACCACGGAGGCCGGGCUGCGGGAGCACUUCGCGGCCUAUGGCACCCUCACCGACUGCGUGGUCGUGCUCAACCCACAGACCAAACGUUCGCGCUGCUUCGGCUUCGUCACAUACUCGGCGGUGGAGGAGGCCGACGCCGCCAUGGCCGCCUCCCCUCACGCCGUGGACGGGAACGCGGUGGAGCUGAAGCGGGCCGUGUCCCGGGAGGACUCGGCUAAGCCGGGGGCCCACGCGAAGGUGAAGAAGCUCUUUGUGGGCGGCCUGAAAGGGGACGUAGGCGAAGGGGACCUGGUGCAGCACUUCAGCCAGUUCGGCCCCGUGGAGAAGGCCGAGAUCAUCGCCGACAAACAGAGCGGGAAAAAGCGCGGCUUCGGCUUCGUCUAUUUCCAGAACCACGACGCCGCCGACAAGGCAGCCGUGGUCAAGUUCCACCCGAUCCAGGGCCACCGCGUGGAGGUCAAGAAGGCCGUGCCCAAGGAGGACAUCCAGUCUGGCGGGGGAGGCGGCGGCUCUUCCAGGCCCUCCCGGGGAGGCAGAGGGGGAGGAAGGGGUCGAGGCGGCGGAUCCGGCAACCGGGACCACAACGGUCUGUCCAAAGGCGGCGGCGGUUACAAUAGCUACGGCGGCUACGGUGGAGGAGGAGGCGGCGGCGGUGGUUACGGCUCCUAUGGCAGCGGCUCCUACGGAGGCGGCGGAGGGGGAGGCGGCGACUACGGCAACGGGUACGGCGGGUUCGGCAGCUACAGCCAGCACCAGUCCUCCUACGGCCCCAUGAAGAGCGGCGGAGGAGGUGGAGGAGGGGGCGGCAACUGGGGGGGCCGCAGUAACAGUGGACCGUACAGAGGAGGCUAUGGUGGGGGAGGCUACGGGGGAGGUUCUUUCUGAGCUGGAGCACCCGUGCCCAUUGAGGGUGGCUUGGAGAGCCCUCCCUUUGAUACGGGGCAGCUUCUAAAUGGUUUCUCCUCUCCUUCGCCGAAGGGCAGCUCCUUUUAAAUGCCUCCCUGCUGUGGGAGCAGCUCCUAAAUGCCCCCUGGGGGUCGCCUCUGCUGCCCGUGCCACUUCUUUCUCUCUGAAGAUGGACUGGGCCCCACAUACACAUACUUUGUGUUACAGUCAUUGAUGGACUCUAUUUUUUUAUUAUUACUUGGACCUUGGUCGUUUUUAUACUAGCAACGAAAAAAAGUCUUGUUUUAAUUUGUUUUUUUUUGGGGGGGGUACGGGGUGGGAAGUGUCUUGCUGAUCUGGAGUUAAAACUGGGGAGGGCGAUGGGGAAUUUCCUUUGUUGUAAGGACUCGAUGCCUGGCUACUACAUUUUUUUCUACAAAAUCUACUCGGAUCCCAUGACUGAAAUUAACAUUUCUGUAAAGGAGGAAAAAAAAUCGUUUUUACGUUUUUUUAUUUUUUAAAUAAAUCAUUGUGUUCAUUGA